GACUACAAAGUUGAGUAGUGUUGGCGUGUUGCCAACUUGAGCUAACAUGUCAGAGAUUUCUGGGAGGGAGGCGAUUAGGCGAGCUAGUGAGGUGAUCCCUUCAUCAUGCGAGCCUCAUCUUUAUUUAGUGAGCGAUCACUCAUUGGCGACUUUCUUAUUCGGCGAGCCACUUCUUCGUGCAGCAUGUAGUGCCCUCACCUGAUGAGCGACCUUAGUUGGGCGAGCGACAACACCUUAUUUUUUAGUGACUCAGUGCUUGGGACACUUUUUUGACAGUUUAAACCGCCACUAACACUUGUCCUGUCAUCUAUUUUUGUGUCGAUUUCGAUUGUCACCAACACAUUUUGUGGUUGUUUUUAUGCAUCAGUUGCAGUUUUAAAAUCGCCACAAAAUAAAUCGGUAAAUGAGGGUUUAAACUGUCAUUAAAAUUUGUAGGCAAUGAUAUCCAUAUUAUCACUGCACACAAAUCACCACCCACCUCCAUUUAUAUAGCAUCACUUCACUUCCUUUUCGGCUACACCAACAUUUCCCCUCUAGCUCAUACCAUGUGAUUCUUCAAUCUUCAUGGAACACAACACUAGUCACAGAUUCAAUGACCACAACUCAAGGUCUCUGUCUUCACAACGCAGCCUCGCAUCAAUCCCUUCCCUUAACUCCUCAUUCUCCAAUCUCCUCAACCCUUCCCAAACCUCCUCCUACAACUGCCUCACAACUCUCAAAGGCCAAUCAUCAUCAUCCUACACAUCUUCCCUCACCCUCACCGGCAAGUUCCUCUACACCGGUUCCUCCGACAGAGAAAUCAGAUCCUUCAACCGUGCCCAACUCGACCCUCAACAACAUUCACUCGUUCUUGCAGGAAAGGGUGCUGUAAAAUCAAUAGUAUUUCACUCCGACAAGCUCUUCACUGCUCACCAGGACCACAAAAUCCGCGUCUGGAAAAUCACCGACAACAACAACGAACAGAAACAGAGCAAACAACAAAAGCAAACACUUUUAGCCACGCUUCCAACGUUCAACGACCGUGUCUCGAAGAUGCUGAUACCCAAGAACCACGUUCAGGUACGGAGGCACAAAAAAUGCACCUGGGUUCACCAUGUUGACACCGUGUCUGCUAUGGCUAUAUCCAAGGACGGGACCUUGCUGUACUCUGUUUCAUGGGACAGAACAAUCAAGAUUUGGCGAACCAGAGACUUCACCUGCUUGGAAUCAGUUUCUAAUGCCCACGAUGAUGCUGUAAACGCGGUUGCAGUUUCAGAUGAUGGGCACGUUUACACUGGAUCAGCUGAUAAGAGGAUCAAGGUGUGGAAGAAAAAGGAAGGAGAAAAGAAACACAGUUUGUUGGACACCUUGGAGAAACACAACUCUGGGAUCAAUGCUCUGGCUCUAAGCAGUGAUGGCUCUGUGUUGUAUUCUGGUGCAUGUGACAGGUCGAUAUUGGUGUCGGAAAAGGGUGAAAAUGGUGAGUUGGUCGUGGUGGGUGCGCUUAGGGGGCACACGAGGUCUAUACUGUGUUUGGCUGUGGUUGAGAAUUUGAUUUGCAGCGGUUCUGAGGAUAAAACGAUAAGGAUUUGGAGAGGUGAAGGGAAUGAGUAUUGUUGUUUAGGUGUUUUGGAAGGGCAUAGGGGUCCGGUUAAGAGCCUAAGUGCAGUGGUUGAUCGUUGUGACUCGUCGGAAGCUUCUUAUCUUGUUUAUAGUGGCAGUUUGGACUGUGAUAUUAAGGUUUGGCAGAUUUUUGUUCCUGUUCUAUAAGCUCAUCAACUUUUUACUAUUAUUUCAGGGGAUUUGGUAGGAUGUUGGGCUUUUCUCCAUCUAUCUUCAACCUUCCUAUUUGGAUUCUUUUACCAACCUCGGAUUUAUAAAACUAAUUCGUUAAGUAAUCUGAGGAUUCUUCAUUCCUAUAUUGAAAGAAAGAUACAGUUUGUAUUAAGAAGUAACCUUCAUUACUAUACAAAUGUAUAUUCAUAUUGAAUUUGUGUCUA